CUUCUUCCCGCAUUUAAUCCUUAUACCCUUUGGGGCUUCUCUUAAACUAGGUUGCUGGCGCUAUGCCCAGGCUAUCCUGUCCUUCGCCCUCACUUCCAGUUUCUGCAACGCCCUCUCCACCUUUACUCCCCUUUGACGCAAUUUCUCUGGUACUGUAGUAGCAAAAAGGGAGUGAUAUUGACUAAGCUGAGCCCUGUCAAACGAGUUGCCGUGAGGAUUGUGGAGAGCUGGUUCCUUGGAUCCUCAAGUUUUCUUUCGGAUAGGAAACCUUUCCCGAUCUUUCAGCUUGGAUCUUUUGCACUGGCCUACUAGGGCCUGCCUGCCAGCACCUGCACCAGCUCCUUAGACAUAAAACGCUGGAAAGAAACCAACUCCCAGGAGGUGGAAACAAGGAAAUAUAUACAUCAAGCUGCGUGCCAGCUGUGCUAUUCAGGCACGAUCUAAUUUGUCCUGUGCAAAGGCAGAUUCUGCGAUGAAAGGAGCAGCGUCUCCAUCCCCACAAUGACUUGUGGGGUAGAGCCAGUGCUUGGCUCACGACGUAUGGCGGAGAUGUGGUUUUGGGUCCUGCCACUCAUCCUAUUGUGCCUGCCUUCUGCCUGCCUUCAGCCUGCAAAUAUUCUGGAGUCUGUCCACUGCUCUGAGGGUCUUGGCUGCCAGCUAUUGGAGGGUGGACUGUGUCUCCCUGGAGAUGCCCUGCCAGCCCCAGGGGAAGACCCAGUCCUGGUGCUGACCCAGAUGGAGACGAGGAACGGACUUCGGUGUCAGCAGCAGCGAGACUGCAUCACCUGUGUGCAGGUGAUCCUACGCCUUGGCCUGCGGGAGCCACCUGCUUUGGGUUCAAAACAAGGCGAGGGAGCUGACAGGACCAGCCCAGAGCCCAGAAGACAUCAUGGCAACACUGAAAGAUACCUGCAGGCGCACGUGCUGCUCUCAGCUACGACAUACGCUUCCUCCCCCUGCGCUGUGAUGAAGGUUUUGGUCCCCUGGGGUGGUGACCGGCACAACAGAAGCGAUUUGGGCUCUCUCCAGUUUGACUGCUUCCCGGUGGCUCUCAGCGGGGAGUUGAAUAUCACGGCAUUCACCCGUCCCCACUAUCAGUUUGCACAACCCUUGCGAAGAACACACCGUGGGCCAGACUGCACCUGGCACAGAGCAAAAGAUGCCAUCCGCCUCUGCCAAGUGCCCAGACUGGAGGUCUCCAUGAAGCUAGACAAGGCAGUGGUGCAUGUGUUGGACAUCCCUGAGGGACAGCACUUUUCCAUGUGGCUGUAUCUGAAUCAGACAAAUGCAUUCAAAGAGCUGGACGAGGACGCACCUAAAUUGCUGACCGGAAACGAGAAUGUGAGCUUGCCUAUCGACCAGGUGUUGCCCUGUCUCUGCUUGGAGGUCUGGCCUAACGUCGGAAGCCAAGAAGAUGCGCCCCGAACUCACCUGUGCCCCUUUGCAAGCGAUGCUGAGGCCUUGUCCAGGGCCUGGCAACAGAGCCGUCUGAAACUUAAAGUCUUUGAGGGGACGCUGAGCUGCUCUCUCUCUGCGCCGUGUGACCUCCCAGGGGAGCUGGUUCCCUGCUGGAGGGGGGCACCCCAUGCCUCUUGCCACCCACUGCACCCCCAGCUGCACCUGGCCCUCACCCCACAAGUGCCGCAGGAGUUCCCAGGACUGACACCCCACCCCAACCUCUGUGUGCAGGUCAGGAGCAACGGAAACACCUACCUCCAAAGCUGCCUGCAGGAAGACACCACAGAAAGCACUUGGAAAAAAGAGCAACAUUUGCUGCUUCGGAAGACUAAGCAUUCCCAAGGGAGCUCUUCUACACAUGUCUUGGAGGAGGGUACCUGGGUCCCCAUCGCCCAAGCUGCCAGCACAGGAAAUGGGAUUCUCGAGGACGCCCUGCUGAAAGACUUGCAGUCAGGAGGGUGCAUGAAGGUGUGGCAUUCAGAGGACGGUGAGAACCACGAGCUCUGGGCCUGUUCACUGCAGAAGUAUUUCCGAAGACGCUGGGCACUGGCCUGGAUGAUGGCUCUCCUGGCCACCUGCUCUAUCCUGCUCGUGCUGCUGCUCAAGAAAGAAGCACUGAAAGGAUGGCUCAGGAUCCUGAAAGAAGAUUACAGUUCUGGAGGAGCGCUUCGGGGACGGCACAUCCUCGUUCUCUACUCUCCCGACCACACUGGCUUUGAGCGCCUGGUGGGCACCCUGGCUGGCGCACUGGCCCAGCUGCAGCUGGCUGUAUCCCUGGAGCUGUGGAGCCGCGGGGAGCUGAGAUCCCUGGGGCCCAUGCAGUGGCUCCAUGCUCAGCGGCACCGGGUCCUGCAAGAAGGCGGAGCCGUUGUGCUGCUUUUUUCCCGCGGCGCCAAAGCUGCUUGCUCGGAGUGGCUGGGUUGGGAGCAUCAAGACAGGCUGCUGGCCACCAAGCCUGACAGCACUUUCUUGGCCUCCCUGAACUGCAUCCUGCCAGACUUCCUGGCUGGUAAAUCCAGGGACCGGUAUAUAGUUGCCUGCUUUGAGGAGCUCUUCCCUGCGGACGAGAUCCCUGCGCUUUUCCGUUCGGGGCCUGUGUACUCUCUGCCGUCGCAGCUCUUCAACUUCCUGCUAGCGCUGGCUGGCCCCGGUGUGAGCCAGGAGAAGAGGAACAGCCUAAGGAGACAUGCGGUGUGGAUCAGCAAGCGACUGGAGGAUGUGGUGCGGGACUGCCGGGAAAAGGAGCCAAGCUGGCAAUAUCCACCACUGCUGCCUUCUCCAGUCUGACGACACACAGCUGAGCUGACGGGGACCAGCAUUCGCCCUUCCGUAGAUUCCUGAGAGGAAACGCUUUCAGAAGUUGGCUGCGUUGGGGGCCCUGUGUGGUUCCAGGAAGUUAAU